AGUUCUCUUCAACCCCACAACCGCCGCCAUGGAUGAUGAAGUUGCUGCCCUCGUUGUUGACAACGGCUCCGGCAUGUGCAAGGCCGGCUUUGCCGGUGACGACGCACCCCGCGCCGUCUUCCCCUCGAUUGUCGGCCGUCCCCGCCACCAGGGUGUCAUGGUCGGCAUGGGCCAGAAGGACAGCUACGUCGGUGACGAGGCUCAGUCCAAGCGUGGUAUCCUGACCCUCAAGUACCCCAUUGAGCACGGUAUCGUGACCAACUGGGACGACAUGGAGAAGAUCUGGCACCACACCUUCUACAACGAGCUCCGCGUUGCCCCCGAGGAGCACCCCGUGCUGCUGACUGAGGCUCCCCUCAACCCCAAGGCCAACCGUGAAAAGAUGACCCAGAUCAUGUUUGAGACGUUCAACACGCCCGCCAUGUACGUUGCCAUCCAGGCCGUGCUUUCCCUGUACGCCUCUGGCCGUACCACCGGUAUCGUGCUCGACUCUGGUGAUGGUGUGACCCACACCGUGCCCAUCUACGAGGGUUACGCUCUGCCCCACGCCAUUCUGCGUCUUGAUCUGGCUGGUCGCGAUUUGACCGACUACCUGAUGAAGAUUCUGACUGAGCGCGGUUACUCUUUCACCACGACCGCCGAGCGCGAGAUUGUGCGUGACAUCAAGGAGAAGCUGUGCUACGUUGCUCUUGACUUUGAGCAGGAGAUGCAGACUGCUGCCUCUUCUUCUUCUCUGGAGAAGAGCUACGAGCUGCCCGAUGGCCAGGUGAUCACCAUUGGCAACGAGCGCUUCCGCUGCCCCGAGGCGCUCUUCCAGCCCUCUUUCCUGGGCAUGGAGCAGACUGGCAUCCACGAGGCCACUUACAACUCGAUCAUGAAGUGCGACGUCGAUAUCCGUAAGGAUCUGUACGCCAACACUGUGCUGUCGGGUGGUACCACCAUGUUCCCCGGCAUUGCCGACCGCAUGCAGAAGGAGAUCACGGCCCUGGCUCCCUCGACCAUGAAGAUCAAGAUCAUUGCCCCCCCGGAGCGCAAGUACUCUGUCUGGAUUGGUGGCUCCAUCCUUGCCUCUCUGUCCACCUUCCAGCAGAUGUGGAUCUCCAAGCAGGAGUACGACGAGUCUGGCCCCUCCAUCGUCCACCGCAAGUGCUUCUAAAUUAACUAGUCGCAUCCUUCAAUGUUGUGCGAGCUGUCGCAUCCUGAUGCCUUGAUGGUUUUUCUUGAUGCUUGACGCUUUUGUGCAUGUAAUCCCCAUUCCAAAAACAUAAUCGAAAUUCGAAUCCCA